AACUUAUUUGUAGGUUAAGCUUGUUUUUAUUUGCGUAUUACUUCAUGAAAGCUAAGCAAGUGGUUUUAAAUUUAUUACAGAAUAAAUAAUAGCAAAAUGUUAGCAUUACGAGCUUACGCUAGCAGUGACGAUGAGAACAAUUCAGACAACAGUGAUGACGGCGCAGGAGAGACAAAAACUCAGGAAACCCAGGAAACAAACUCGGAGACUGCUGCUGCUGCUGCUGAUUUUAGCAAACCUAUCAAUCCAGCAUAUUCAGUUCAAAAACAACUCCAGAUAUGUGCAGCGCCAAUAGUGUUACCAACGGGAGGUGAGGAAUGUAUGCCACACAUUGAUCCAACUGCCAAAGAAAUAGCCUACAAUCCCAAGUAUGAACAACUAUUUGCCCCAAUGCUUGGUCCAGUCAACCCCAGCAGGACAAAACAAAUGGAAGCAAAUAGGAACAUGUUGUCUGGCUAUGUGGAACCAGCAUUUAUGAGCCCCUUUCAGUUUGAAAAUCAGCGAAGAACAUUCAACAGCUAUGGUUAUGCAUUGGAUCCUUCUAUAGAUGAAGGUGCAGCUGGCAGCAAAGUGAUUGGUUCCACUGAAAUGGCAGAGGAAGCAAAAGGCAAGACUGUGUUUGAGAGCACAAAGUUACGAAUGUUGGAUAAAAGGAAAAGGAAAAAGAAUGAUUCAGCAGAUGAUAUUGAAGGCUUCCUGGGGCCAUGGGGUGGUUUUCAGGAUGAAGAAAGAAUAUCUAAACCUACUGAGGAAGAGCAGGCUGAAUUGGAGGAGUUGGUAUCCAAGAAACACAAGAGAGGCAAGGUUGUUGAAGAGAAGACAUUUGAAGACAAGACAACACUUCACAUUGAUGAUCCUUUGGAUUAUCAAGGAAGGUCUUUCUUACAUGCUCCACACGAUGUGGGUGUGAAUCUACGAUCCGACGUGCCUCCCGAAAAGUGCUUCCUGCCAAAAGCACAUGUUCACACAUGGUCCGGGCACACGAAGGGCAUCGCUGCGGUGCGAUGGUUUCCCAAAACAGCGCAUUUGCUCCUCUCCGGUGGCAUGGAUUGUCGAAUUAAGAUUUGGGAAGUGUAUAACGACAGACGUUGCAUACGAACGUACAACGGCCAUAGGCAAGCAGUGCGGGAUAUAAACUUCAACAAUUCAGGGAAUCAAUUCUUGUCGGCCGGCUAUGACCGAUAUAUUAAACUUUGGGACACGGAAACCGGGCGAGUUGUUUCACGAUUCACAAGUAGGAAAAUUCCCUAUUGUGUGAAAUUCAAUCCGGACAAUAGCAAACAACAUUUGUUUGUUGCUGGCACCAGUGACAAGAAAAUUAUUUGUUGGGAUGUUAGAAGUGGUGACAUUGUUCAAGAAUACGAUCGACAUUUGGGCGCUGUUAAUUCAAUCACAUUCGUUGAUGACAACCGCCGUUUUGUGACUACUUCAGACGAUAAGAGUCUGAGGGUUUGGGAGUGGGACAUACCUGUUGAUAUGAAGUACAUUGCUGAUCCCACGAUGCACUCAAUGCCAUCUGUAUCACUCGCACCGAAUGGCAAAUGGAUGGCUUGUCAGAGCAUGGAUAACAAAAUCGUCAUCUUCUCGGCGUUGAAUCGCUUCAAAAUGAAUCGAAAGAAGACGUUCACGGGUCAUAUGGUCGCUGGAUACGCGUGCUCCUUGGACUUUUCUCCGGAUAUGAGUUAUCUGGUGUCAGGAGAUGCUGACGGUAAGUGUUACAUCUGGGACUGGAAGACGACUAAACUCUACAAGAAGUGGAAGGCGCACGAGAAUGUGUGCAUUAGUACAUUGUGGCAUCCGCAUGAACCCAGUAAGUUGGUCACGGCCGGUUGGGAUGGCCUCAUUAAAUACUGGGAUUAACGAUUUGAAAUAAUGAUGAAAUAUAAUUAAAAAUAAAACAAAUUUUAAAGCAAAA